AUGUCAAAACGUGUUUCGAAAUUUAUGGAUUCUACGUGCGUUGCAGUACGAGGUGAUGAACAUAUCGUAUUUGCUGCUUAUAAUACCGAUUUGGAUGCAUUUUAUGUCCCUAGUCCUAAUACAAGAAUUCGUGCUGUAAGCAAUAAAACAGUUAUGGCUUACGCAGGUGACCAGACAGGCGGACAGGACUUAUGGCAGCAGGCCGUGAAGGACCGUACUGAUAUGUACCCGCAGUAUGAGGAUGAGCAAGGAAAUGUUGCAUACAUAGCAAAUUACCUGUUCAGUGUAUUGCAUAACUCUACUAUUAUUCGCAAUGGUCCAUUAUCAUUGGUGAGUUGUAUAGUUGCCGGUUUUGAUGUUGGCAAGUCGUAUAUCUAUAAAGUAGAUAAAACUAAAGUGGAUGUCAUCGAUAAGGUGACAGCAGUCGGUUACGAGGAACAUACAGCUCAGAACUAUCUAAAUCAACAUUGCAAUCGCACUAUUGAUGAGUUAACAGGUAUUAUGAUUGCUCUUGGAUCUUUGACUUCUAAGGGACAAACUGAUGUUAAGCAUAUCGAAGUCGGGGUAUUGAGUAAGGGACAACCAAUUCGAAUGAUAAGUCAAAACGAUAUCACUGACUACUUAUGUAGCGUUCCAAGUGAUAGCAGUGAUGAGUACGUCAUAGGUUGA